ACCGGUGAGAACAGACUGGCUGAAAAGGGUUACCGGGGGGCUGGUUGGUCCUCGGCUGCAUUAAAGCUGGAGCUGCUGGAGCUGCACACACACAUCAAAGCGUUCCUUCUCUCCCUCACUGCAGCUCCCACCGACGGCAGGUCUACUGGAUGGUGGAGCCAUUUCUUCUUCUUAACACACAGCGGGAUCGGUGUCCGGUCUACAUAAGGGGAUAUAAAACGGACGUACUUCGAAUUUCACCCGUCUACGUCGAGCCGUGUCGGGAUGAUGCUCUGAGGAGAAAACUGCACAGGCUCCCCGGUUGUGUUCAUCCUGAGGCUGCAGUGAACGGAGGGGGGGAUUGCGGUACAAUAAUCAGCAUCAAUAAAGGUCUUCUCUGUGAACGGGGACCGACUUCACAAGGGUGAUUCUUGCCCCUGUGCGGGGGGAUCGGCGGAGAAAUAGAUCUAUAAAAAUUAUGGCCACCCUACUGCGGAAGAUCGGUCUGAUCCGCCUGCACGACCGAGACACCGAGGACCCAAAGCACCAUCAGGGCUCGCUAAAGGGGACCAAGGGGAACCAGAAAAACAACGCCAACAAACACUGUCAGACCGCCAACGAAACCAACAUCCUGAGCACCCCGGAGAUUAAGGCCAGGAAGCUGGACCAGCUCGGCAAGGACAAGCCGUCCGGCAAGGAUAAGCAGGGCAAAGAUGUUGCAAAGGAGAAGCAGCAGACGGGAGGAGGCGGGAGUAAAGCGACCAGUGCCUCCUCGAUACCACCGCUGGCGCCUCACCGGCAACACUGCACCCAGGUCCGGACGCGGAGGCUGAUGAAGGAGCUACAGGAGAUCCGGAGGUUAGGGGACAACUUCAUCACGGUGGAGCUGGUGGAGGACAACCUGUAUGACUGGAACGUCAAGCUGCACCAGGUGGACAAGGACUCGGCGCUGUGGCAGGACAUGAAGGAGACCAGCACCGAGUUCAUACUGCUUAACGUCACCUUUCCCGACAAUUUCCCCUUCUCGCCGCCGUUUAUGCGGGUCCUGACGCCCCGGUUGGAGAACGGCUACGUGCUGGACGGCGGGGCCAUAUGCAUGGAGCUGUUGACCCCCCGCGGGUGGUCCAGCGCCUACACGGUGGAAGCGGUCAUGAGGCAGUUUGCGGCUAGCCUCGUAAAAGGACAGACGACGCAGGGAACGAGGGACAACAGAGGAUAAAGAAGAGAAGUGAGGACGGAGUUGGGAGAAGAAAAUGAAGAGAGCGGAGGAGUGCAGGAUGCUCUCUGUGGUCCCUCUGUCCUCUGUUCCCUCCCAUCACCAGAGAGAGGUGAGGGGGCUGGUUGUCAUGACGGCUGUUGUCAUGGCAGCAGGACUGGGUAAUAAACAGGAGGAGCGAUGUCUGUCCAUCCAGUGCAGUGAAGCUGCCGUGGCAACUACUAACAAGAUGCAGCAAAUAUGCUGUUGUGAUAGCAAGUUCAACUUUGUGUUUUUUCAUAUUUUGAUCAUCACUCAAAAGGUGCUGUAGGUAGGAUUGUGAAGAUCCAGGACUUGAAAACAAAAAUUUGAACAUGACAACUU